AUAUACCAAUUUCUUCACUUCCAUUUCCCAUUUCAUUUUAUAUCAUUCUCUCUCUCUUUUUCAUCAAAACAUUAUAUGGCUGACAAACAACCCCAUCUCAACGGCGCCUUUUACGGCCCUGCCGUCCCUCCUCCGGCAAAGACCUACCAUCGCCACGGCCACGGCCGAGGCUGCGCCUGCUGCCUUCUCACCACCUUUCUCAAGUUCUUCAUCGCCAUAGUCGUCGUCCUUGGAGUAACCGUCUUGGUAUUAUGGCUCGUAUUCCGUCCCAAUAAGCUCAAGUUCCACGUCACUGGAGCCGAACUCACCCGCUUCAACGUCUCCGGCAACCAACUCCAUUACAACCUGGCAUUAAACCUCACUGUUCGAAACCCCAACAAGCGAAUCGGUGUGUACUACGACGUCAUCGAAGCUUCGCCAUAUUAUAAAGACCAGAGGCUUAACACACAAUGGUUAACGCCGUUCUACCAAGGCCACAAAACCACCACCGUCCUCAGCCCCCAUUUCGAUGGCCAGCAGAUCGUAUUUUUCGCCGGCGAUAAGCUUACAGAAUUCAACGGGGAGACACUUGCCGGCAUCUUCGAGGUCGACGUCAAGUUCCGUCUCCGGUUGAGGUUGAAGGUCGGCGCCGUGAGAAUUGGGAAGUUUAAGCCGAAGGUUAACUGUGAAUUGAAGGUUCCAUUGAAAUCCAAUCCAAACUCCUUUACUUCCUUUCAGACCACUCGCUGCGAUUUCGAUUUCUGAUCGAAAUCUUUUCGGUUAUGACUUAGUCAACUCUUUGCAGAUUUUUUUUGACUGAGUCAACUGAUCUGUAUUAUUAUUUAUUAUUUAUUUGUUUCAUUUAUUUUACACUGCAUGUUUUGAUAUAUAUUCUUUUUAUUGUUUUUCAUGUUGAUAUACUUUAUGUUUUCUAGUCUUUUUGGGUAUUGAAUAAACAUUCUAGUUCUGUA